ACAUUGAAAGAAGUAGAGGGUCCGUUGUAUGACCUCUCGUGAAUAUUACUCUAAAAAAUAAUCCCAAGAAACAACUCUAUGUCAAGGGUCGGAAUGAAGGAUUAAAGUAAUAUUUCUCUGCAGGUAGAAUUACACUCGGGAUCGUAUAAAUAGAGCUAGCUCUGAGAGAUCGGGAGAUCACGUACAGGUCAAGACAAACACAUGCUUGCUGAAGAACAUUCUUGAAUUUCUUUGAGAAGAAGUUUGAAAGCACCUGUGGAAAAACCUGUUUUCCAAUUCGCUGAGACUGCAGUGCCCUAUUAACAUUCCCAGUUUUCGUUUAACUACUGUAAGAAAAGAUGACAACAACAGUUGUCGUAAACGAUGUAAAAAAGGGGAAGACAGAAGCAAAAUCGGCCAAAUCAAAAUGUUGCACCGUCGAAGGACAAAUUGGUUGUCUGCGUUACAAUUUCAAUCCCGUAGUGACUUUGCUGUCUGCUGUUAUAAUAUGGUCGAUGGUUGUAUGGUGCAUAAGUUACCCAGAAUCUUCGAAGAAACAGAUGUCUAUUUGGAAGGACUGGAUAACUAAAACUUGGACUUGGUUUUACAUUGGUACACAGAAUAUCUGGAUUGUGUUUGUUCUAAUACUGUAUUUUUCAAAAUAUUCCAGUUUGAAACUUGGAAAAGAUGAUGAGAAACCAGAAUACAACGAUGCGACAUAUUUCACGAUGUUGUUUGCCGCUGGUGUUGGCAUUGGACUGUUCUACUUCGGUGUUGCUGAGCCAAUUUUUCAUUACGAACCAGGUCCGAAUGGAAACAGAUUUUGGGGCAGGGGGAAUGACAAUCAACGCAGUCAAGAUGCUAUUAACCUCACAUACUUCCAUUGGGGCCUUCAUGCAUGGAUUGUUUACACAAUUGUUGCACUUCUGCUUUCUUUCCUUGCAUACCGCAAAGAUCUGCCAAUGACAAUGAGAUCAUGCUUUCAACCACUUCUUGGUGACAAAGUUUUUGGUUUCCUUGGGGACUGCAUUGAUAUCUUGUCUGUUGUUGCCACCAUGUUUGGUGUUUGCACAAGUCUUGGUCUUGGUGUCAUUCAACUCAAUACAGGAAUAAAUCGGAUAAAUCGCAAUAUAGAUGUGUCUGUUCACAACCAGAUCAUCAUUAUCUGGGGUGUAACAGCUGUGGCAACAUUCUCUGUUGUCAGUGGUGUAAAGCUUGGUAUAAGACGUCUAAGCGAAAUAUGUUUUGCAGUAGGCAUGUUAAUCAUGCUUAUUGUGCUGUUUCAUGACAACACUUGGUAUAUCCUCAACCUUUACACCCAAAGCUGCGGGUAUUAUCUUCAAAAUGUCAUACAGCUUGGAUUUCAUACUGAUGCAUUUGCUCAGCUUGGCAACGCUCUUGAUGGCAGAGAAAAUCCCGAAUGGAUGGACAGUUGGACCAUCUUUUAUUGGGGCUGGUGGAUUGCCUGGUCACCAUUUGUUGGAAUGUUCAUUGCUAAAAUUUCUCGUGGAAGGACCAUUAAAGAAUUCAUCACAUACACGCUUACUGUUCCGAUGUUGUACACAUUUCUUUGGUUAACAAUUUUCGGUGGAAGUGGUAUUUUGAUGGAAAGGACAGCUGCGAAAUUGGGAAUAAACUGCUCUUCUACUCUUGGAGGUACCAAUGCUACGGAGGGAUUAAAUGGAAUUUAUAGGUUAUCUUGCCGAUCAAAAGAAGAUAUGUGGUUCGAUGUUAUGGGCCAGUAUGGUGACUUGGGUGGGUUCUUAUCAAUCUUGUCACUCAUAGGCAUUGUCUUGUAUUUUGUGACAAGCUCUGACAGUGGUUCAUUGGUCAUAGAUUGCCUCUCUGCUAACGGCAACCCUGAUCCACCAAUCCUUCAGCGUAUUUUCUGGGCUCUUACCGAAGGUGCUUGUGCCACAGCAUUGUUAACAGCUGGCGGAAAGCAAGCAUUGGAUGCCUUGCAAACUGCUGCCAUAGUAUCAGGCUUGCCAUACACCGUUGUCAUGAACUUCUUGUGUGUUGCACUUUGGCGUGCUGUCAAGGAGGAGGCUGGCGAUUAUGAUCCUAAAGAAUCCCAAUUAACCAUGGGCAUUUUUGACAUUGACAGUCUAGAGAGGCUCCGCAAAAUGAUAAUUUCUAUAAUCGCUCCUUGGUACUAUAUGGGUAAGACAGCAGCAAAACUGUACAACGGAAAGGCAAUAGGCUACAUUAUAUUCAUGGGACUGCUUUUCAACCUCUGGAUUGUGUUGUUAGUCGUUGAGCUGCGCAUCAAAGGAAUCUCAUAUGUUGCCUGGGCUAUUUUCAUUAUCUUCAUUGGAUACCUCGCUGCUGUCCGUAUUAAUGUAAGAGAGAAAUUUGCCAUUGGAGGAAACAUGGCUGAGGAUUUCUUUGCAGUUCUUCUACUCUACCCAUUGGCUGUCGUUCAAAUGGAAGACCAAGUUUUCAAAGGAAGAGUGCCGUAUAGAAACGGCCGAUUGAGUUUAAGAGACGAUGCAGACGAUGCAGGCGACGCUGAAAUGCCCCUCUCUGAAUCUGACAGCAACAGUAGCUCGAGGUCGUCAGAAUUAGAUGAAAAAUGUAGCAUAACUGCUGUCUGAGAACUUCAUUUCUAGAAGUUUCUUUUGGGAGUUACCUUGUAUCGUGACGCGCCCGCCCUGCAACAUACCACAUUAAUAGGUGAUGGGUAUCGAUUUUGAAGAUUAGAGUAAGAAAAUAUGGCUUUCCAAGACACUUAGCAUUGACUAAUGAAAGUCAUGAAAACCUGGAGAAAAAAGAAGAAGCAUUCAGACGACUUUAUCCAGCUGUAAACUAAGAAUAGGCCUACCAUCCCUAGACAUAACGUCCGUGUCACCAUUGAUUUUUUUAUAUGCAAUAUAUAAUUAUAUUUUUAACUGACUGGAUGAACUGUAAGAACUCCUACUGAUUCUUUUUCUCAAAACAGGCACAACUUGCCCCCUCCUAAAGAAUAACUAUUUGAGUUUCCAUUGUGAGAUCUCAAAUAUUUGAUCUCAGGAUAUGUUGUUAUUGUCAUUUAAUGAUUUUUCACUCCAUGAUCGCACGGGUACCCUUGUUAAUUUCUCAUUCUCUGAAAGACAUUUAUACAUGCAUAUACAUCGUUGUUAAUUUCUGCUGUUUAUAAUGCUGUUCAGAAUUGCUGUCAAAAUUAGCAAUACAUGAACCAUUGCUAGUUUCUAAACCAAGUCACGAGAUAAAUUUCAAGUAAUUAGAUUGAUGAAGUAAAAUGAUGUAUGAUUUCUUACAUCUAUUUUUGUUAUUUUAAGUGUUUUUAUUAUUUCUACACACAUCACAUAAGCAAUCGUGAAUCAAUUACAUUUGAAUAUAACGCCAUCGCAUGCACACAACUUAAAAAAUAUAUAGAGCUGGAAUUUUGCACGCUUGUAAGACGAAAGCUGCUUUUCAAGCUGUGAUUCCGCUAACAGAAGACUUGCCUAAAAACAUUUUCAUUAAAUUUUGAAAGAUUUUAUUACUUUUUGAAAGAUCCAAAAGGCGCUACCCUGAGACUCCUACCUCUGUGACCCCCACAAUACCUAAGCCGCCCACCCCUAAAAUCAUACCCCUUAGAAUCCCGUCCCCUAAGAUUCUUAAUGCAAACAUUCUCUCCUAAGAACCACCACUAGGUACGCCGGAGCCGGCAGAGGGGGAUGAGGGGCUGUACUAUUACAUCAAGGUUACAUAAUUGUGGCAAGCUACCAUAAGAGUUUGGCAGCCUCUCUAGAGCCCAACCUGCUCCAUAAUGUGUUCCGGUUUCUCUGACCACCCUUAUGUCCCAAACCGUUAAGACCUCCACCCUUUACUAUGUCAAAGUGCGAUGUGUAUACUAACACCAAAUCGAUCUUCAGUACAAAACAAUCCCACUAUGUUUUGCAUCUACUUCUUUUUUACCUUAAUAAGAGGAAUGCGUCGUUCUGGCUUUUAAUGCUGUUGGGUAUUACACAUUUGGCAGAACAGUUAUUCACUUUGUUUUACUUAACAUUAUGUUGUGUGAAUAUGGAUAAUUCGUUAGUAAAUGCAGAGUCUCUGUAGUUGUUGUUGUUAUAGUUACAUAAUACAAAUGACUAACUUGCUUGUCAAAUGUGA